GGCUGAGACUGUGACUUGAAGCGCUGGCUUGUCGCCCUAUUGCCAUGCGAGCUCCAGGCGACACAAACUUCAAAGUAAAUUACCACACGAAGGUUUCAAUACAACAGAUAUUCCUUGAGAAAACCUUUCCAGUGGAGAACAAAAGUUACGCCGAAACUUGCCUUAAAAUCCUAUGCCGACUAUCGUUGUAUGGUUAACGACAGCAGCAUAAACAACGAGAGUCGCCAAGCUUUAGGAUCUCUCUCGCGCAUGUCUUUGGCUGAUGUACAACAUACGUAUCAGAUUAAUGAAACGGUCAAAGUAAACAUUGUUCUAUUUGACCACUACAAGAGACCAAAAGCACGUGGAGGUGACAUGUUAGUCGUGUGGAUGAAAGAUCCCCAACAUGGCGCUGCUUCCGCCGGAACUGUUAUCGACCACGGGAAUGGAACGUAUACUGGAGUUCUGCGCACCUUGUGGACAGGAAGAGCCAUAAUUCGGGCUGCCAUGAUUUCAUCCAGAGAACGAAUGACGCACAUAUAUCGUUCAUUCCAGAAUGGAUAUUUUGGGAAAAAAAUUACCUGUACAUUCAGAUCAAAUACUGCAACUGAGGCCACCAGAGGAUAUAUGGAUAUGAGAUAUAUGAAAAAACGCCCCUUUUGUAAUCUGACUGCCGACUAUUUUGGCGUCCCAUUCUACUGUGAGAAACCAAAAACAAAGGCGAUUAGGUGUCAUGACUGGACAGAAACCUCUUUGCCUCACAACUAUAUGACCUUUGGGCCUGACACGAGAUGGUUUGCAGAGAGGACAAGUACAGAGAUAAUCCCGGACUCUAUCAGAAUCAAUAUAUCACCCAAAAGACAGGAGAAACGCUCUCCCUCCAUCCCUUGUGGAAGGAGGAACUUCCGGGAUACUUGGCUGGCAACGCCACCUAUCGGCUUCUCUUACAAUAACACGUGGCGCCCUCUAUCGUGUUGGAACAGCGUCCAUGUUGACAUGUAUAACCAGUGUCUGACCAACAGAACUCUGAUAUUGUUUGGCGACUCCACCGUCAGACAAAUGUUUGGGGAGUUGCUACCAAUCCUUAAUUUCACAUUGAUAAGGGGGCCACCAAUUGUGCAAGGAACAAGGAAGUGGUUUCAAUGGAAUACAGCAUUCGAGGCAUGCAAUGAAAAAUAUAAUUAUACGGUAUUUUGGAUGCCACAUGGUUUUCCAAUGGCGUUUGGCAAGGUUAAAACCAAAAUAAGUCAGCCAGUGUUUGCUCACUUGGACGCCAUACCUCCUGGAUCAACAGAUAUUAUACUUAUUCAUAUGUAUGCGCAUUUCCAUUUCACCCCCAUCCACAUAUACAGGGCUCGUGUCCACAGAACUAGACUUGCCAUAGAAAACCUACUUAAACGAUCUCCUGGUGUCACAAUUGCCAUCAAAGGUCCGCAUAAAUUUUCCGUAGCCAAACCAAUAACACCCCUUGGGGGUAUGUGGGGACCUGCUUAUGAAAAUAUCCUUAAAAGGGAGUUGGUAAAUCUUUAUGACCGAGUGCUGUAUCUCGACAUCUGGGACAUGACAGUUGCGUUCGAGAAUGAAGACAUUCAUCCCAAUGGUCUUCUGGUGAAUAUGAUUGUCCAGGUAUUCUUCGGCUAUAUCUGUGGGAAAUAAACUCGUAUAUGUGCUAAAAUAUUAUGCCUUUUUAUUACUGAAAAAGGGAACAGAGCAAUAUUAUUGAUUUUGACUUUUUUCAGAUAGCUUUCUCAACAAACUUAUUUUUAAUGAACAUUGUGUAAGUAACGGGUGCUUCCGACUUGGGUCGGAUAUUGCUUUCCAUUUUCGCGAAAGCCUGUCAUCUGAUUUUUAGCGAUUCAUUGAUUACUUUUCACAGCUUUUUUCAAUUGAAUUUGUUUUCACAUCGCUGAGACUUAGUUUUAAAGAAACCAAACUUGAUUUUUAUUUAGA